AUGUCGGAAAGUAUUUCGCUGGACAGCACUCUUGGUGCCCUUCAGAUAGGCUCUGUGGGCUCGGUGUACCUUUUCGGGAUCGUCACUUACCAGUGCUACGUUUAUUAUCAGAGUUUCAGGGAGGACAAGUGGCAGUUCAAGUGGCUGGUGGCUGCGAUUUGGGCACUGGAACUCGGUCAUACAAUCUGUGUUCUGUAUGAAGUGUACAGAACAACCAUCAUCUUCUAUGGACGACCGGAGAAGUUGGUCACUUUCCCGGUCUUGGGGGGCGCGACAUCCAUAGGAGGCACCAUCACCUUGUUGGCACACAGUUUCUUCUCCGUCCGCCUGUGGCGUGUACUACCCCGUCCGUGGGCAUACAUAGGAAUCUUCUGCAUUGGCGUCGCCUUUGUUAGAUUCGUUGGAAGCAUUUGCCUGGCCGUCAUCGCUGUAACCUCAGACCACAUUGCCACCUAUCGAGUCAAAUGGGAGUGGUUGAUCCUCUCGUUGCUUACUGUCGGAGCAGUCUUGGAUAUUAUUAUUGCGGCGUCGAUGCUAUGGUAUCUUAUUCGACAGCGAGGCAACGCUCUCAUCAAGCUAACGAGGAUGAUCGACCGUCUUGUUUCGUACACUGUCUGCACUGGCUUGUUGACUAGUCUCUGUGCAAUUGUGAUGGUGAUUGCUUUCCAAGCACUUCCGGGCACACUGGUCUGGCUGGCAAUCUAUAGCUGUUUAGCAAAACUCUACUCCAACAGCUUGCUCUCUGCGCUGAACGAGCGCAUCAAUCUACGAACGCACAUUGCCAACUCUGCCUCUUCUGUAGAGCGUCCCUCGAGGCAGAAUCGAAGUUCACGACGCGAUACUGUCGGUCCCCCGAGCAGGAUGGUUGUAUCAGUGGAAAUGAGGUCCACUGUUCAUCCCUCCCACGACGACCUUGGUCACGAAUCUGACUUGGUAUGUCUUGACUCUCUCGACGCUGUCCUUUUGCUCAACUUUACCUUCCUUCAGGAAAAGGAGCCGCAAAGCCCGUUCAGCGCGACUCCACUCAGGCCACCAAGCAGUCCCUACUCUGCUGCAUGA